AUGUCUAACAAUCGAAGUGUGAACCUCUCCAACCGCAAUCUUAGCGAUUCGCGUGUGUUGUACGGACCGAAGUCCGUGUUCCAGUCUAACUUGUCAGCUUCAACAGGCAAGGCGCUGGAUAUUCCAAUUUUAUCUUUUAAUGACAACAAUUUCCCAGGUUCACCAUGUCCGAAUGGAACCUUGACCACACUCGGCCCGGAGUCCCCUCAUCUGUACGAUAUAGGAAUUGAAGAGCUGAAGAAAGCAUUUUUUGUUGUGAAUGGGGAAGAAGAAAAAGUACAGUUACCUGACCUGGAUCCUAUGCUUGAGAAUUCAGUAGACAUUGACAAACUUUUAAACAGUCAACUUAUUGGCGACACAAACUUGGAGGAAUAUAUUUCUCUCGACUUGGAAGGUGGUAACGCCUCUGGCGAUUUGGAUACCGGAAACGAAGUUGUGAACGAAAACAUUCAACAAGCUCUGAAAGAAUUCUCCUCAAGUGUUCAACCUGAAUCGAAAUAUAUGCAGCGAGGUCAGACUGUUGAGGAACUUUUAGGGUCUGAGGGGGCAGGGUGGCGACAAGUGGUCACUAUCAAGCCCGAGGACUUGGGACUGACCUCCUGUCAGUCCAACGUUGUACUGGAACCGGUCACUCAGCAGUUAACAGCAUCAGCAUCGUGUCAGAGUGCCCCACCCACCCCUCCGCGUACUCCAGCACCCUUAUCACCAACUCCGAGUACAGCAUCGUCUACUACGGAGCCAAUUUCACCUCGAGGCCCCCUCCCCAGGGGUAGACCGGGUCGCAAACCAUCCGGUGCCGGGCCAGUCAGGCAAAGUAGAAAACGUCAACUUGACAAGGACAGCGAGGAAUACAGGGAUAAACGCAUGCGAAACAACGUGGCCGUUAGAAAAAGCCGAGAUAAGGCAAAACUUAAACAAGUGGAAACUGAAAAUCGUGUAGACGACUUAGUGAGUGAAAACGAGUCGCUACAGAAAAAAGUUGAACUUUUGUCAAAGGAACUUAACGUUCUGAAAAGUCUUUUCGUCAAUGUUGGUGCGGCUUUACCAGAGAACUUUCUUAAACUCGUCGCCGAUAUCGGAAAAUCCUGACGAAAAAUUGACUCUUAAUUGUGUAAAUAGCUUCUCUAAUUUUUUAAGUAUUUGUUAUGGUAGUGAAUUGUGCAGUUACCGAAAUAGAAACAGUAAUGGCACGGAUGAAAAUGGCAGCAACUAUUCCCAUUCAAAGUGUAAAUUGACAGAUAUGGACACUUUACAAAUGAGAAAUGGAUAUCAUAAUCAACAACAUCAACAUUACGUCACACGGGACCAGCAAUGGACCAGAACAUUAAUUUUGAACUUUCGUGUGUUAUUGGACUUGUUUACACAUGGUGAGACCUGCUGGAAACAAUCGUACAAACAAUGCGAAAAGAGAUUUAAUAUUUUCAGCAACGGUAAUGUUUGUGCUGAAAACCAUUUACAGUGUUUCUUUGCUAGUUUUUCUACUUUUGGUAUACAAUAUAGUUCAAUAUGUUACAUAAAAUUUGUAAAAAUCAAA